AUGCAGGCCUCAACCGCCAAGGGCAGCCACAAAAGGAACCUGAGCAAUGGGACACCAGAUAACUCUCCAUUGAGACGAUCCAAACGACAAAGGUCCACCGCCAAUCUGAAAGAGGCCUCAUCUGGUGAAGAGUCUGAAGUGGAAGACAAGGUAGUACCAACGCCGAGGAAAGCGUCCAGCGCCAAAUCUACGCCCAAGGCUACCAAGGAAAAGAAGACUGAAGUUGCAUCAUCAGUCAAGAAAGAGGCCACUGAAGAGACGGAACUUGCUUCCAGUGUCAUUGCUGCCAAGAAAGAAUCCGUCGUUAAGACUGAAGGAGUCGAUACCGAAGUGAAGACCGAGGCUGGGGCAGCUUCAACCGUUCAAACGAAGCCUGCCAAGAAGGCUAGAAAGACCAAGGAAGAGAAGGAAGCCGAAGCCAUGCCGCUCGCACUCCGAACCCAGGGGCUGAAGAUGUUUGUUGGUGCUCAUGUCAGCGCUGCAAAGGGUGUAUUCAACUCGAUCACCAAUAGUACACAGAUCGGAGGUAACGCCUUUGCACUAUUCCUCAAGUCGCAGAGAAAAUGGGACAACCCACCUCUCCAGGAUGAUGUCCGCGAUCAGUUCCGGAAAAUGUGCGCCGAGCAGAACUAUGAUGCAGCCAAACACGUUCUGCCUCACGGGUCCUAUCUCGUCAACCUAGCACAGAAUGACAAGACCAAGGCUAAGCAAGCAUACGACUCCUUCCUGGACGACCUCCGUCGCUGUGAAGCCCUCGGCAUCAAACUCUACAACUUCCACCCGGGAAGCACCAACCAAACCCCCCUCCCGGAAGCCCUCGCCCGUCUAGCAUCCGCCCUAACAAAAGCCCUCACGGAAACAACCACCGUCAUCCCCGUCCUAGAAACAAUGUGCGGCCACGGCAACACAAUCGGCGGCUCCCUCUCCGAAUUCCGCGACUUGCUCGCCCUAAUCCCACAAGAGCACCACUCCCGCAUCGGCAUCUGCAUCGACACAUGCCACAGUUUCGCCGCAGGCUACGACCUCGUCACACCAGAGGGCUUCAAAGCUUUCCUAACCGAAUUCGACGACCUAAUCGGCCUCCGAUUCCUCCGCGCCCUGCAUCUAAACGACUCCAAAGCUCCGCGUGGCAGUAAACGCGAUCUACACGCUAACAUCGGCACGGGAUUCCUCGGUCUCCGCGCAUUCCACAACGUCAUGAACGAGCCGCGCUUCGAGGGUCUCCCCAUGGUCUUGGAAACGCCUAUCGACCGCGUCCCCGGACAAACGGCUUCCUCUGCGGCGGACGACGACGCAGAUAGUUGCGCCAGUGAGUCUGAGAAGAAGCCGAAAAAGGGUGUCAAGAAGGGCGGGAAACGGCCUGCUGGGGCUGCGCCGGCUGCGGUGCCUGAUCACGGGGUGUGGGCUCGGGAGAUUAAGUUGCUGGAGUCGUUGAUUGGGAUGGAUCCGGAGGGGGAGGAAUUUAGAGCUUUGGAGAAGAAGCUUUCGGAGGAGGGGAGGGAGAUGAGGGAGAAGCAGAUGGAGCAGUAUGAGAGGAAGUUGGAGACUGAGAAGAAGAAGGAGGCUAAGGCGAAGGAGAAGGGGCAGAAGAGUCUUAUGGAUAUGAUGAAGAAGGGGAAGGCGUGA